UCCACUGCUUCCCAACUGCCUGACAAUAGUACGCGGGCGCUGCCCAGUGCUUCUUCUUCCACCAUAGAAGCAGUAGUUGUAAGACAGUGCGGUGGCUUUAAUGCGGACACACAACGUUACAUUGUGGUGGCUUUUAAAUGCGGACACGCAACGUUUAAAAGGAGAACGAAAUCAUCAAAGGUUUAUGAAGUCUGACAAUUUCAAAAAGGACGAAAAUCAAAUAUUGAAUUGAAACAAAGCGAACAAGCUAGAAAAAAGACUGAAAAUAAAACCUCUCUGAAAAAAAAAAGCCACUGCGAAAAAUAGAGAAAAAAUAAUAUUUAUAUUAUUUACUAUAUACUAAAAGGAAACGAGGACAUUUCUGGGAUUCUACAAAUUAUAUAAAUAUUUAUUUAUAUAUAUAUAUUAUAAUACGAAAGACAGAAGAAGAAGCUUCACUGUAGAAGGGGUAAAGGAACCAGGAUAUAUAUUUAUAUAUACACGCAUAUAUAUGUGAAUAUAUAUAUAUGUAUGGUAUAUAUAUAUCGAUAUAUAAUCCGCUUGACUAGACUUCUCUUACUCUCAUCUCUUUAAACAUCCAAAAUGCCGGGAGGUCUAAAGAAAGACGACGACCUCUCCGAAGACAUGGAAGUUGACGAAGGCGGAGAAGAGAUGGAACAACCACCACCAUCCACCUCUUCCCGCUCUGCGUCGGCUACACCUCCUCCUCCCUUGCUUCCUACACCUCUCUUAGAAGAGGAAAUGGGUGAGCAGGAGGAGGAUGAGGAGCGACCAGAAUCUGAGUGUGUUUUACCUGUUCAAGAAGAGACCGAGGAUGUUACUAAUGAGGUUGCUAUGGCAACACAAGAAGUUGUCACAGAAAAAAAAUCAAAAAAGAAGAAAUCUAAAGAUGCCACUGAAAAGAAGAAACGGUCAAAAAAGAAAAAGAAAAUACUGCGGCCGAUGGAUAGUGGUGGUGAAGUCAGUAAAGAUAGCGACUCGGCAGCUGUUCAACAAUCUGACCACGAGGCUGAAGAAAUAUCUCCUAAAGAGAGAAAGAAAAAGGCUAAGGCACAAGAUAAGGAACGAACAUCGGAUGAAAUUUGUGCUGAAUAUGGAUUAAAUAAUGUUGAUGUAGAAUUCUGUGCAGAAGAUUAUCAAACACUGAAUAAUUACAAAGCAUUUAGUCAGUUUAUACGGCCGUUGAUCACAAAAGAAAACCCCAAAAUUGCCAUGGCAAAAUUGAUAACCAUUGUGGCUGCAAAAUGGCGGGAAUUUUGUGAGAAGAAUCCUCACAAGUCUAAGGCUAAACAGCGAGCUAUGGACGAUGAACAGUUGGAUGCAGUGCUUCGUGAAAACCAAGAAGGUGAAGGAAGUGAACCAAUGGACGAGAGGAGCCCUACAAAAACUAAGAAAACCAAAACUAAGAAAGCUGUAGCUCCAUUGAAAAUAAAAAUAACUAAGAAGAAAAAGAGAAGGAAGGCUAGUACCGAUGAUGAAGAUGCUGGUUUUAAUACAAGUGAUGAGGAGUUUGAACGUCAGCUAGAAGAAGCCAGCAUUAUCAGUGACAGUAAAGCUGAGGCAAAUGCUGGUAAAAGAAGAACAAAGAGAACUAAAGCUAAGAAGAAAAAAACUAAGACAACCAGCAAAUUCCCUGAUGAUGGCGAUGGUGAAGGAUACGAGGUGACUGACCAUCAAGAUUACUGUGAAGUGUGUCAACAAGGGGGUGAAAUAAUUCUGUGCGACACGUGUCCCCGUGCAUAUCAUCUUGUCUGCUUGGAUCCUGAACUAGAAGAGGCGCCAGAAGGAAAAUGGAGCUGCCCUCAUUGUGAGGGAGAAGGCAUUCAGGAACAGGAGGAGGAGGAGGAGGAACACAUGGAGUUUUGCUGUGUAUGUAAAGAUGGUGGCGAGCUGCUGUGUUGUGACAAUUGCCCUUCUGCUUAUCAUAUCCAUUGUCUGAAUCCACAAUUAAAAGUUAUACCAGAUGGGGAGUGGCACUGUCCUCGCUGUUCUUGUGAACCUCUUAAAGGAAAGGUUCACAAAAUUCUCACUUGGAGAUGGUCAGAGCCACCAAAAUCUGCAGAGGACGAGCUGGAUCAUACACAUAAUGAGAAAAAAUUGGAACACAAACCCACUCGAGAAUUUUUCAUUAAAUGGCAAGAUAUGUCUUACUGGCAUUGUAGUUGGAUUCUAGAAUUGCAGCUUGAUGUGUAUCACCCAGCCAUGUAUCGAAACUACAUGCGUAAAAAUGACAUGGAUGAACCACCCCCUCUUGAAGACGGCAGCAGUUAUGGUCAGAAGGAUCGGUCAAACUUUGAUAACAUUGAAAACCUUGAAGAAAGGUUUUAUCGGUAUGGUGUGCGACCAGAAUGGUUGCAAAUCCAUCGAGCUAUUAACCACAAAGUUACAAGAGAUGGGAAAGUAUGGUACUUAAUGAAAUGGAGAGAUUUACCUUAUGACCAGUCGACAUGGGAAUGUGAAGACACACUCAAGGACUUGAACCUUGACUGGAAGAAAUACGUUGACGAUUACGAAAAUUUAAGAAAUAUGAUGUACGGAGGUGGUGGGGUCGAUAAAAAGAAAUCAAAAGUAAAGGGGAAAAAAACGAAAGGUUAUUUACAUGCAAAUGUCUUUUCCAGAAAUAUGAUGUACGGAGGUGGUGGGGUCGAUAAAAAGAAAUCAAAAGUAAAGGGGAAAAAAAUGAAAGAUGGACGAGAAUCGGAUGUUUCUCGUACGCCACCCCUCUAUCCUACUUCUGAUCUCCGCAAAAAACUAGACAUUCAGGCAGACUACAUAGACUCUACUGGUGGUACUCUACAUGGCUAUCAGCUAGAAGGCUUGAACUGGUUGCGCUACUCUUGGGCCAAUGGCACAGACACCAUAUUAGCUGAUGAAAUGGGUCUUGGCAAAACCAUUCAAACCAUUACAUUCCUCUACUCAUUAUUUAAAGAGGGCCAUUCAAGAGGUCCUUUCCUUGUAAGUGCCCCACUUUCAACAAUCAUCAAUUGGGAAAGAGAGUUUGAGUUCUGGGCACCUGAAUUGUAUGUUGUUACAUAUGUCGGAGACAAGGAUAGUCGGGCAGUUAUUCGAGAACACGAAUUUUCGUUUGACGAAGGAGCCAUCCGGGGUGGUAGCAAAGCCUGCAAAAUGAAGCAAGGUUAUAAUGUCAAAUUCCAUGUUUUGCUAACUUCUUACGAGUUGGUUAGUAUUGACCAAGCUACUCUAGGAUCAGUUGAAUGGGGAGUUCUGGUAGUCGACGAAGCUCACCGAUUGAAAAAUAAUCAAUCGAAGUUUUUCCGAGUCUUAAGUGCAUACAAAAUUGGCUACAAGUUACUACUAACAGGAACACCAUUACAAAACAACUUGGAAGAACUGUUCCAUUUAUUGAACUUCAUGAGCCCCGAAAACUUCAAUGAUCUUCAAGGGUUUUUGGAUGAAUUCGCUGAUUUAUCUAAGGAAGAACAAGUGAAAAAAUUGCACGACCUACUUGGUCCCCAUUUACUUCGACGCCUUAAAGCUGACGUACUGAAAGGUAUUCCAGCAAAGAGUGAGUUUAUUGUGCGCGUGGAGCUGAGCAACAUGCAGAAAAAAUACUAUAAAUAUAUUCUUACUCGAAAUUUUGAGGCUCUCAAUUCAAAAGGCGGGAAUCAGGUAUCUCUGCUGAACAUCAUGAUGGAUUUGAAGAAAUGUUGCAACCACCCCUAUCUCUUCCCUAUUGCAUCUGCUGAAGCGCCCAGAUUACCAAAUGGUGCUUUUGAAGGGAACAGUUUGACAAAAGCUUGUGGCAAAUUAGAAUUGCUACAAAACAUGCUUCGGUUACUGAAGGAUGGCGGACACAGAGUGCUAAUCUUUUCCCAGAUGACCAAAAUGUUGGACAUUCUGGAGGAUUUUUUGGAAUUUGAAGGAUACAAAUAUGAAAGAAUUGAUGGCGGAAUUACUGGAUCGCAACGCCAGGACGCUAUCGACAGAUUUAAUGCUCCUGGAGCCCCUCAAUUUUGUUUCUUGUUAUCUACACGUGCUGGUGGAUUGGGUAUCAACUUGGCAUCAGCAGACACAGUUAUCAUUUAUGAUUCAGACUGGAAUCCUCAUAAUGAUAUUCAGGCAUUCAGUCGAGCUCAUCGGAUCGGUCAAGCUAACAAAGUUAUGAUCUACCGUUUUGUAACCAGAGCUUCAGUUGAAGAAAGAAUUACUCAGGUGGCUAAAAAGAAAAUGAUGCUUACUCACUUGGUUGUACGUCCAGGACUUGGCAACAAAGGAGGAACUAUGUCAAAGCAGGAACUUGAUGAUAUCUUGAAAUUUGGUACUGAAGAACUUUUCAAGGAAAAUGGUGAAAACUCUGACUGGUCAUGCUAUGAUGAUGAGAAAAAAAUUGUUUACGAUAUCGAAGCUAUUUCCAAGUUGUUGGAUCGUACUCAAGAAGGCCAAGUAGAAAAGGAAAUAGCUAUGAAUGAAUAUCUAAGUUCUUUUAAAGUGGCCAGCUAUCAAGUGAAAGAAGGUGAACAAGAGGAGGAACCCGAAACAGAAAUCUUAAAACAAGAAGCUGAACAUGCUGACCCAGCGUAUUGGGAGAAACUAUUAAGACACCACUAUGAACAGCAACAAGAAGACCUAGCCAGAACCCUAGGUAAGGGUAAAAGAGUUCGAAAACAAGUCAACUAUAAUGAUGCCAUGAAUGGACAAGAUGACGAUGCUUGGAAAGACAGCAUGUCAGACUUUGAUUCAGACUUCAGUGGACCAACAGAAGAUGAUGAUGACUUUGAAGACAAACAAGAAUCCCGUAGCAAUAGGAAGCGGUCCGGUGUGUCAGACAGGGACAAACCACUGCCACCUUUGUUAGCUCGAGUCAAUGGUCAAAUAGAAGUACUGGGUUUCAAUGCGCGUCAACGAAAGGCAUUUUUAAAUGCAGUAAUGAGAUAUGGAAUGCCACCUCAAGAUGCUUUUAACUCACAAUGGCUGGUACGAGAUUUAAGAGGUAAAUCGGAGAAAGUAUUUAGAGCAUAUGUGUCCCUGUUUAUGAGGCAUCUUUGUGAACCAGGCGCUGAUAAUGCGGAAACAUUUGCUGAUGGUGUCCCUCGCGAAGGUCUAUCGAGGCAGCAUGUCUUGACUAGAAUCGGCAUCAUGUCCCUUGUCAGAAAAAAGGUUCAAGAAUUUGAAGCUAUCAAUGGCACCCACAGUAUGCCUUAUAUGAAGGCGACUGAGGCGUUAGAGAGAAUCAAAAAAGAAAAAGACGCGCCCUCAGCUGGCGCGGAUGAUGCCAAAUCAGAAGACAUUGAUGUUGAUGAAGAGACUAAAGAUCAAAGUAUUAGUGCAUCUGAUGUUAAAAAGGAAAAUGAUGGCAAAGACACUGAUAAGACUGAAAAAUCCGAGAAAAUAGAAAAAACAGACAAAACAGACAAAACCGACAAAACUGAAAAGACUGAAAAGACAGAAAAGACUGAAAAAACUGAAAAGACAGAAAAAACUGAAAAGACAGAGAAAACAGAAACGACAGACAAAACUGAUAAACCCGAUAAAACUGAAAAACCCGAUAAAACUGAAAAACCCGACUCAGUCGAUAUACCAGACUCGGUCGAUAAGACGGACAAACCCGAGGAAAGUGAUAAGACAGAGACAACUGACAAAACAGAAGAAAGUGAUAAAACUGAAAAAACAGGAGCUGCUUCUACAGAAAAAGGAGGAGAAGAUAUAAGUGAUAAAGAGGAAAGCAAGCUGGGUGGUGACAAGGGAAAUAAACCUGGGGACAAAGAUAAUGAGGAUAUGGAUGUAGAUAAGCCUGAAGAGAAGAAAGAUGACAAAGAAAAAGCAGCCACUGAAGAAGCUGGCGAGAAGUCAGAGAAGAAGGAGGUGGUGGUGGCGGCGGCGAGUCCAGAGAGUAAAGAUAAAGAUAAAGAUAAAGACAAAGACAAAGAGGAAAGCAUGCAAAUUGAUGAACCCAUUUCCAAAAAGGAAGAAGAAAGCAAUGCUAAAGGCAAAGAUGAAGAUAAAGAGAAAGACACAAAAAUGGAAGUUGAUGAAGUUAAAGAUCUGAAGUCUGACAAAGAAAAAACGGGAACUGACACAAAAGAAUCAAAGUCUGAAGACAAGGUGGAAACUCUUGAUAAAGUGAAAAAAGAAGAUAAGGUUAAGGAUAAGAAAGAAGGAGAGAAAGCUACAGAAGAAAAAGAGGAAAAGAAGCAAGAUGAAACUGAUGAACAGUCUUCGACACAGUCCCAGCCUCCUAAGGCCGUUGAUCUGAAGAAAGAAGAACAGAAUCAAAAGUUUAUGUUUAACAUUGCUGACGGAGGUUUUACUGAAUUGCAUACUUUGUGGCAAAAUGAACAGAGAGCUUUGCAGCCGGGCAAAGAACAUGAGGUUUGGCACAGGCGCCAUGAUUACUGGUUAUUGGCUGGCAUUGUUACCCAUGGAUAUGGUCGCUGGCAAGAUAUCCAAAAUGACAUCCGUUUCCAAAUUAUCAAUGAACCAUUCCAAAGUGAACAGGGGAAAGGUAACUUCCUAGAGAUCAAGAAUAAAUUCCUAGCUCGUCGCUUCAAGCUGCUGGAGCAAGCUUUAGUGAUUGAGGAACAGCUAAGAAGAGCAGCUUACCUUAACUUAACGCAAGAUCCUAACCAUCCUGCUAUGGCACUUAAUGCCAGGUUUGCUGAAUUAGAAUGCUUGGCAGAAAGUCACCAGCAUUUGUCUAAAGAAUCUUUGGCUGGAAACAAACCAGCUAAUGCUGUCCUACACAAAGUUCUCAAUCAGCUCGAAGAAUUACUCAGUGAUAUGAAACAAGAUGUUAGCCGUUUACCUGCCACCCUGGCCCGCAUACCUCCUGUGACACAGAGGCUCCAAAUGUCUGAACGCAACAUCUUAAACCGUCUUGUCAAUCCUGGACAGACAACCACUACCGCUCCACCAUCAGCACCUCCUACAAUACCACCUCAGCAGAGCCCUGCUGCUACACCAACGCCUACGUCGGCUGUAUCAGCCCAAUCCUCACCUCAAGCAUCACCCUUCAUGAACACUUCCAACUUCUCAUCUCCAUAUUCAAGCAGUGUGCCACCCUAUCGACCACAGUAUGGUAUGCCUCCACAGGCCCCCUUUGACCAGCCACACCCUUUCUUACCUACAAGUGACCAUUUCUCAUGGCCACACAUAAAACCUGAACAGCUCCCCAGGACACCAGGCCUUGAGUCUUUCCUCAAAACACGUUCGAUGACUCCUACUCCAGACCUUCCAAAGAAAGAAAUAAGUGGUAGUGAUGGUGUGAACAUUGAGAAAGGAGAGCUUCCCAAAUCUGCAACGAAGAAAGAUAUCAUCUGCAUUGACGACGACUGAAUUAGGUUAAUACCCCCCAAAAGAAUAAGCAACUAAAGAAAAAUAUCAAUAUCUGUCUCGAAAACUUCCGACCUCUAAAUAGAUCUUAUAUCUAUCUCUAUCUCUCUUGCGUCCCCUUGUGGGUGGGGUGGAUUAGGGUAAGGGAGCCCUUUGUCCCGGCAAGAAGUUUUUUGUUUUUUAGUAACCUGUUGCUCACCAUCGCCACUAUCCAAUAUCACCAACACAGACAAAUGACGACGACAACAACAACAGCUCUUAGUCUUUGCUGACCAUUGGUGUUUUUGUUUAUUGUUUUGUUAAAACAAAAAAAAAGAAGAAAACAGAAAAAAAAAGUCAAUGCAUAUCAUAUGAACAACAGAAUUCUCUGAAAUUGUAUGAAACCCCCGCUCCCCUCAUCGCCCUGACAUUCAGUCUAACCAAGCAAUGACGUUUGUUUUAUUUGUCCGGUGACUUCAUUGGCUUAGUCUGUAAGGGGUGGGGUUCACCCCUACUCCCAAUUCCUUAUUAUUUCUACCCUUCAUCUUUCUCCACCCCCACUUUCUUACUGUAUUCUUUUUUUUUAAUUUCUAUAAUUUUUUUUUUUAUUUAAUAUUGGUUGGUCCCAUAUUUUAUUGGUCUAAACUUGGUAUAACCUACUAAAAUUAGCACACAUCACCAGCCAACUGGCCAACCUGCCUGUCACCUAUUCUGCUCUCUGAGUUUUAUGUUCUCUUGCUGUAAUCGGUGUAGAGAUCUGAGUGUGGUGCAUGACUGCAAGUGCAGAUAUGUUCUCUCUCUCCCUCUUUUCCUCCCCCUCUGCACUUUUCCACAAACCCAGCUCAGUGAAACAAAACAAAAAAAA